AUGACAGCCAUCAGCGCAGGCCAAACGACGAACGCAAUAACUCGCGUACAGUUUGAAGACGCCAUCACUCGCACUGUGAACAACCGCAAACGAAUUUACAACGCCUCUUUCGCACUCAGUGUUCGGUGGGAGCGAGACAACACGGAUGCUUCUACGGACACCGACAAUUUUCAGGCGAUCCUGAGCACGCUCAAUCUUGACCAAGCUGAGGUUAUGGUCCUGAGCGAACAGGAUGGUACGCCCGGGUGGACAUUUCAAGAUAAGAUUCGGCGUAUGUUCCAACGCGCAACAAUGGCAUCUGGCAAAUCUAUUGUUUUUGUUCACUAUGCUGGGCAUGGGGAGGUCAGAUCGGGACAGCUCUUUGCUGUCGAGGGCCGACCCAACCGACGCAUAAACCUCCAGAGGCUUAUUGAUUCCGUGGUGGCAGGGGAUGUCCAGGACUUUGACAUUGGAGACACAGACACUGUCUUCGUCCUGGAUUGCUGUUAUUCGCAUGUCGCAACGCGGGCAUAUGAUCCUACAACCCGCGUGGUCGAAAUUCUUGCCGCGUGCGAUGAUAGCAAUCCCAUCGCCCUUACGCCACCACGGAAUACCUUAACUGGAAAGCUGCGGGGUGAGAUUGCUCGGCGCAAACACGACAGUCAUCAAUCGGUGAUACUUGCGGACGUAAUGGCCACUAUUCGAGCGAACAGCACUGUUGUUAAGCCAACACAUAUAGUGAAGUUAGGGGUAUCUAUCUGCUUCCGGUUUACUGGCGUCAUGCGGAUAGAUCCGAGCACGCUUGCCCCUUCGCUACGUGCGGUCUUUUCCGUUCGUAUUGUCGAAAACAUGACCCGAGAACAGCUUGAAAGGUUCCUUACUUGGAUCGAGACCCUCCCGCUUGGGUACACAAUAGAACUCGACGCGGUCUAUCCCACAACCUCGACUCUCCUCAUAUUCCAGAGCGCAUAUACGGUGUUCGUGAACCUUGCUGGGUAUCCCGGCGUCACCUUUAUCUCAGAAGUGACAAGCACAAAUCGCCGCAAAUAUCUCAAGCAAGAGCAGCGACAAGAGGACCGUUCAUCUACUCUUAAGGAAAACAUCCCAUUCUCAAGACGCCCUAAGCCAUAA